UUGGCGUUGGUCAAAUUGUGUGGGGAUUAUUAGCCUGAGUUUUUAGAUAAACUACUCUCUAACUCUGAUUUUUUUAUCAUCCUGUCAAAAUAGUUUUAGGUGAAAAGAUUUAAUACUACAAAGUUGUAAGAAAAAACAAAUCCUAUUAUGCAUGUUACGGUCCACAUUAAAAGGCCGAUAUAAUUGUAAAGCCCAUGAGCCCAAGAAAGCCCUAAAAUUUAAUUAGGGUUUCAGUGUCUUCAAAUUCACCUAUCCUCAGCCUCAACUCUCUCCUCUAUCCACUCUCAGCCGGAAAAUUUUUCCUUGAUUCAUUACGACAGAGAGAACCAUGCCGGCGAAACAGAGGACCCCGAAGGUCAACAGAAACCCUGAUCUGAUCAGGGGUGUUGGUAAAUACUCGAGAUCCCAGAUGUACCAUAAGAGAGGUUUGUGGGCUAUCAAGGCCAAAAAUGGAGGCGUUUUCCCACGUCACGACGCUAAAUCUAAGGUUGAUGCUCCGGUGGAGAAGCCACCGAAGUUCUAUCCAGCUGAAGAUGUUAAGAAACCUCUCCCCAACAGGCGCACGGCAAAACCAACCAAGCUCAGAGCUAGCAUUACUCCAGGUACAGUGUUGAUUAUCCUUGCUGGUAGGUUCAAGGGAAAGAGAGUUGUCUUCCUUAAGCAGCUUGCCUCUGGUUUGCUUCUUGUGACUGGACCAUUCAAGAUCAAUGGUGUUCCUUUGAGACGUGUUAACCAGGCCUAUGUGAUUGGCACUUCCACAAAGGUUGACAUUUCUGGAGUCACCCUCGAUAAAUUCGAUGAUAAGUACUUUGGCAAGGUUGCUGAGAAGAAAAAGAAGAAGACAGAAGGAGAGUUCUUUGAGGCUGAGAAAGAGGAGAAGAAGGAGAUCCCACAGGUGAAGAAAGAUGACCAGAAAGCUGUGGAUGCAGCUUUGAUCAAAGCCAUUGAAGCAGUUCCAGAGUUGAAGACUUACCUUGGCGCAAGGUUUUCAUUGAAACAAGGAAUGAAGCCCCAUGAGCUUGUUUUCUAGAUUUCAUUACUUUUUUUCUGAGGUCUCUAGAGUAUCUGUCUCCUGAAGUGUUUUACCUUCUAAAUGGUUGUUUUGUUCUUGUUCACUGAACACAUACAAUUUUUGGCUUAUACAUUCUCUGUUCUUACGUAUGGACAAACUAUCGAUCCUGUUUUUGAUUGUGAGCUUUGUAGCGUGGUUCGUGAUAGAAAUGGGAUAAUUAUUGUCAAAAAAAAAGG